UCCUAAAAGUAAACUUAACUUUGUUACGAUUUGUCGUCUAAAACUACCCUAAAAUCGAAAAAUCUUGGAGCAACGAGCAGAGGAGGAGAGAAAAUCAAAAACGCUUCACUUUCCACACUGCUCUUCCUAAUGGCGAACAAUCCGUCGCAGCUUCUUCCAUCAGAGCUAAUCGACAGGUGCAUAGGAUCGAAGAUUUGGGUGAUUAUGAAAGGAGACAAGGAGCUUGUUGGUAUUCUCAAAGGGUUCGACGUCUACGUCAACAUGGUCCUUGAGGAUGUCACUGAAUAUGAGAUUACAGCAGAAGGAAGACGGGUCACAAAGCUUGAUCAGAUUCUUCUCAAUGGUAACAACAUCGCCAUUUUGGUGCCAGGCGGGUCUCCAGAAGAUGAAGAAUGAGAUUUGCAAGCAUUCAUUGGUAUGCUAAGACUGGUGUAAGGAAGGAUGUAAUUUUGGUUUUAGAUUUAACUCUUGUUCACAGAAAAGUAGUAGUUGAUUUUAAACUCAGAACGACAAAUUAUUUAUUGUUCAACAAUGUGAAAGAGCUUAAGUUUCAAAUUUAUUAGAUUCAAUCCGUCAUUGCUCUACU